UUUCUGAUUCAAGUGUCUGUCAUAUGGCAAGAUUUUCGCAAAGUAUUCGUUUGAUUUCUCUGCUCCUGAUACGCAUUGGAGUCUGUUUGUCGGGGAGCAAAUACACCCGAAACUCUUUGGAUGAUGACCUCUUAUUACCAUACGCCGUAUCCCACGGCCCCUCCCAUUCACAUCGGCACGUGAGAGACUGCCAGCCCGUUGUCCAUGGCAACGUUACCCAUGAAACCUGGCCUGCCAACGACCACACUGGUUCACCUGUGGCAGAGUCUAAAAUCUUUGUGUCUGACAUGCUACAGGGUGACAGAAAGCACAGAUGGGCUACUGGCCACAUCACUGUGGUUCAUAAUCCACUGAGGACAUUGUCCAUAUUGGAACCUGGUGGCCCUGGAGGAUGUGAUAGGGCCUAUAGAGAACUGGUUGAGAAUACUGCCAAAAUAAAGAAGUGCCUCUUUGCCCAAAAUGCCGGCUAUUUUAACACUCAUUCCGGAGAGUGCCUUGGGAAUGUGAUUAGUGACGGAAAGUUAGUGAAAGACAGCCAUGGAAUACAAAAUGCUCAAUUUGGGAUUAGGAGAGAUGGGACACUAGUUUUUGGAUACCUUUCUGAGGAGGAUGUGUUGGAUCAGGUGAACCCAUUCGUUCAGCUGGUCAGUGGUGUGGUCUGGCUGCUCAGGGCAGGCAAGGUCUACAUUAAUGAGAGCAUGGCGGCUGAGUGUGACAAAACCGAGGAAACAGGAUCGUUCCAGCGGUUUGUUGAUGUGGUUUCUGCCAGGACAGCCAUAGGACAUGAUGCAGAGGGAAACCUCAUCCUGUUUCAUAUCGAUGGGAAGACUGAUCAGAGAGGCAUGAACCUAUGGGAGGUGGCCAAUUUCCUGAAGGACGAAGGCGUGGUCAAUGCGAUUAAUCUGGAUGGGGGCGGGUCUGCCACCUACGUUGUCAACGGAGCUUUGGCCAAUUAUCCCUCCGACGAGUGUGUUCCACGUCAAAUGUGGCGCUGCCCUCGCCCAGUCUCUACCGUUGUGUGUGUCCACGAGCCGGCGUGUGAGCCAGAGGACUGCAGCGGGCAUGGGACCUGCGUGGACGGGCAGUGCGUAUGCCAGGAUGGCUGGAGUGGCACGGCUUGUGAUAGGCUGACGUGCCAGUCCCCUGCCUGCGGUGGACACGGUCUCUGUACCCAGUAUGGAUGUGCAUGUGAUGCUGGAUGGACUGGCAGUAACUGUAGUCAAGUCUGUGCAGCAGGUUUCUAUGGUGAUGGCUGCAAUCAGACGUGUACAUGUGCAAAUGGAGGCUCCUGUGACCCAGUCCAUGGUAGUUGCACUUGCUUACCUGGUUUCCAUGGAAACUUCUGUGAACUAGAGUGUCCUCUGGGCUUCUAUGGGCUGAACUGUCUGCAGCAGUGUGACUGCGAGGAUAUGUGCCCAUGUGAUAGCGUGACAGGAAGCUGCAAUAUCACGUUCUCGGCAGAGAGGAACAACACCCUGCACAGAGCUGGUCACUGCCUGGCCAAGCAGAUGUGGAGAGAAUGGAAGCAGGAGGAGAUUGCCCAGAAACAGAAAUCCUAUCUCAGAGAGCAGACCUGGCUGAUUAUCAGUGCUGUCCUUGCCACACUUCUGUUGGCCAGUGUUUCUGGAAACCUGAUCCAAAAGUACAGCAAAAGUGGAGCGCAUCCCUCCCAUAAAGACUACUCUUACGUUCCGCUGGGGGACAUGACGAGGUCCACGGGCCGUGGAAGAGGGCAAGGAGGAAGGACUCAGCCUGUAAAACCUGUCUUCCAGCAAGACGAAUCCGACUCUCAAGAUUCAUCCUGAC